AUGGCUGUGAACAAUAUUACAUUCAUUCAAGAUCUUGACAUACAAAAGGAUGACUUCACUGUGAAGGUCCGAAUUGUUAGACUGUGGAAGCAACCAGUGUUUAAAAACCCGAAUGAAAUAUAUUUCUUUGAAAUGAUAUUAAUGGAUAAACAUGGCACUAAAAUACAAGCAAAUGUCCCACAAAAAAGGGUUCCUAAGUUCAGGAACUUAAUUCAGGAAGGGGCUACAAUUUUCGUUAAGAAUCCUACAAUUGCUCGACAUGCAUCGAAGUACAUGUUAACUGAUAAUACAAACAAGUUAAGUUUGUAUUACAAAACUUCUCUGUCAAAUUGUCGGGAUUUUAAGGGUUCCAUUUUUGGUUUCUCAUUUGUGAAAUUUGCAAAUCUUAUAUCCAAAAGUAUCCUAGAACAUACAGCAGUUGAUGUAAUUGGUGAUGUUAUUGCUUGUGAGACAAUGGUGACUUUUCCAGGUAAUAAUGGAAAAGCCAAAAGAAGGAUGCAGGUUGAGAUGCAGGAUUUGGAAGGGAUUAAAAUGCAAGUGACAUUGUGGGAUGCGUUCACUCAGGAAUUGAAUGAUUAUGUUUCUACUAACAAGGACAACGAGAUUGUUAUUCUUGUUAUUCAGUUUGCAAUGGUCAAAAUUUACAGAGAUUUUCUAGACGGAACCAGUAGAGCAAACAUUGUUGAAAUUAGUGAGACUGUUGAGGCGAAAUCACUAAUUAUAUUAGGAACGGUGAAAGCAUUUAGGAAGGAUGUCCCUUGGUUUUACAUGGGUUGCACGAGGUGUAACCGCAAGGUUCGACCCAUGUACACUAUAACUGACAAGGAUGAUGGAUCUGGUAUGAAAGAAGAGAGUGAAAGUUUUGAUUGUAUGACUGACAGACGUAGAGGUAAAAUGACAGGGGUGUUGACAAAGUUCAGAAUUUCUUUGAGAGUUCAAGAUGAUACUGGAAUUGUAUCAUUGACAUUAUUUGAUCGAGAAGCUAAUAAAGUUUUGAAUCAAACGGCAACAGAGUUGUUUGAAAAAAGUGGUGAUUUAGAUAUGUUUCCGGAUGACUUGGAUGUUUUGCUUGAUCGGAGGUUUGCAAUAAAGAUUGACAUAACUGUUACAAUAUUAAAAACACCUGUUUCAUUUAUGCCUGCUGAAUCAGAAUCAGUAAAUCUGCAUUCAACAGAUUUCAGUUCUCAAGAUCAGCUAAAGAAUGCAACACCAUCCGAUGUCGAUAAGAGCACUGCAGACAGUCCGGAAUCAGAAGAGAAGUUGUUUGAUAGAAGGCUUGGGAAAGGAUUUGAUAGGAAGCGGCUUUUUGAAAGUUGGUCUGAUGCCGAUCAGGAAGGAAAAUGA